GACCCGUUGACCCACGAGACAUUUCAGCUCAAAGCCUCUGAGACGUUGUUUCGCCGCGUGGCCUUUGUUUCGCUCGUUGUUGCUUGUCAACUUGUCGUUUUCAUCAUGUUUCGAUGUGUGAUCCUGGUGCCCUUGGCAGCUGCGGUGCGCCAGAACCUGCUUCAGACACAGGAGGCCGUCUCUCAGGAGGUUCUGGAGGCCAAUGAAACGACGCAAGGUGUGGACGCAUUCCAGCAGUGGAGCCUGGAUACACCGGUUUGGGCGGUCACCAACAAUUUCCUGAGCCGCUGGAAGGCCAUCCCCUUGUCAGCCAGUAGUGAUUUCAUCCUGACCGGUGACCUGACGCACAUGGUGAAGCUCCUUCAAAAGAGGUCCGACCUGCCAGUGGAAUGCCACAGCGACUUCAUCGGCCACACCGUCACCUUGGUAGUCUCGGAGGUGAUGCCCAAGGCACAAGAGCUCUACCUGAAAGCCUUCAUGGGUGGCCUUGUGCAGAUUGGCGGCAUCGCCACGAUCAUGUUCCGCGUGGCGGCGUUGGCCUCGGGGAGCACAUCGAUGGCGGUGGUCUCCACCUUUGCGGCCAAUCCCUCGGCGCUGAACUUGGAUGAUACCAUCGCGUCACUUCUGAGCAGUGAGGUGCUCCAGGGCAAGCAUCCGGGACCUUACACACCGAAAACCAUUUGGUAUUGGCUGACCCGGAAGAAGACCACCGCCUACUUGACCUUGCAGCACAAGCCACAGUCGAAGCAUGCCUUGCCCAUGGCGAAGUUCAUGUGCACGAAGAAUGAGGGCAAAGGGAUGAGGGACCGACCUGCCUACGUGGCCAUGCAAGGUGAAGCUGGAGAGAUGAUCCCGCUCACCGCACAUCGCUUGUCUCUCUUCAUCCUGGCGCUGGCAUGAGAUGGAGAGGGAUUACGAACGCCUGGCUGCCGGGGAAAAAGAUGCAUCAAUCGAAACUUUUGGAGGUCUGCGCGGAGGAUUCAAGC